GGCGGCGCCCCUCCACUGGGGCCGUGUGCAACUCCGCAUAGACUACGGUGGCCGGCUGCCCUCGCGCAUCAUUCGACCUCCGCGCACCGCAGUCUCGGCACCGCCCUGCACUGUACACGCGUACCGGGAGUUACACUCUCGUACCGAAUCGACGAACAGGAUAAGUUAAGCGAGCACAAUGCCUUUCAAACCAGCAGACAACCCCAAGUGUCCGAAGUGCGGCAAGUCCGUAUACGCGGCUGAAGAGCGUGUAGCCGGCGGACUCAAAUGGCACAAGAUGUGCUUUAAGUGUGGACUGUGCCAGAAGUUGCUGGACUCCACCAACUGCUCAGAACACGAAGGCGAACUCUUCUGCAAAGUAUGUCACGCGCGUAAAUUCGGACCAAAAGGCUACGGUUUCGGCGGCGGUGCUGGCUGCCUAUCCAUGGACGCCGGCGAUCAUCUAAAAGCUGAGCAGGGCGUACGCACUAACGGAGCCUGCUUGGAGCCACGUGUGAUAGCGAAGGCACCUCCGGGUGAAGGCUGUCCGCGUUGUGGCGGCUACGUGUACGCUGCUGAGCAGAUGUUAGCUCGUGGACGGGGAUAUCACAGAAGAUGCUUUAAUUGCAAUACUUGUCACAAACCGCUUGAUUCCACGAUACAUUGCGAUGGCCCAGAUAAAGAAAUAUAUUGUCGAGUAUGUUAUGGAAAGAAGUUUGGGCCUAAAGGAUAUGGUUAUGGCAAGGGCGCCGGAGUAUUGCAGUCUGAUACUUACACCAAUGGUGACUCUCCAUCUCAAGCCCCCCGGACUACGGUAAUAGAUACCGCCGCUAUUCAGGCGCCGCCAGGCAAAGGCUGCCCGCGCUGUGGAGGCGUGGUCUUUGCAGCAGAGCAAGUUCUGGCCAAGGGUCGUGAAUGGCAUCGCAAGUGCUUUAAAUGCCACGAUUGUACGAAGACCCUGGACUCUAUCAUCGCCUGCGACGGACCUGACUCUGAUGUUUACUGCAAAACUUGCUACGGAAAGAAAUGGGGUCCCCACGGCUACGGUUUUGCUUGCGGUUCCGGUUUCCUUCAGACCGACGGUUUAACCGAGGAAGAGAUUUCCUCCAACCGUCCAUUCUACAACCCAGAUACAACCAGCAUCAAGGCGCCCAAAGGACAGGGAUGCCCGAGAUGCGGUGGUAUGGUGUUUGCGGCGGAGCAACAGUUGGCUAAAGGAACUAUGUGGCACAAGAAGUGCUUCAACUGCGCCGAGUGCCACCGCCCCCUGGACUCGAUGCUGGCGUGCGACGGCCCCGACAAGGAGAUCCACUGCCGCGCGUGCUACGCCAAGCUCUUCGGGCCCAGAGGCUUCGGCUACGGCCACGCACCUACCCUAGUCUGCAGCGACUCCGAGCCAACAGUUACAUACACCGAACAGUUACCGUUUACUGGUCAGAAGGCAGCCAAGGGCAAGGGAUGCCCGCGAUGCGGCUUCCCUGUGUACGCUGCUGAACAAAUGAACUCCAAGAAUGGCACAUGGCACAAACGGUGCUUCUCAUGUUCAGACUGCCACAGAUCUCUUGAUUCCACUAACCUUAAUGAUGGGCCCAAUGGUGAAAUUUACUGCCGUGGAUGCUAUGGCCGAAACUUUGGCCCCAAAGGAGUCGGCUUCGGGCUGGGCGCGGGCACUUUGACCAUGGCAUAAACUAUGAAGCUGGACUUUAUAGGAUUUUAGGAUUGCUGAGGGAUGUAUAGUAGCAUGAAAGAAAUCUAAUCUAUUGCAUAUUGCUACCGUCCUGGAAAUCAUACCAUUUAUUAAACUGGUUUUAAUAAUGGUUGAUAUUAUCAAAAUGAGACUUGUGUAAAAGAUAAUUCAUAAGACGAAUAUUUUAUGAUAAGAAAAUAUAAAUUAAGGUUACAUUCCUUUCAUAUUGUGUACAAACCGUGAUGAAUGUGUUUGGGCCCUUACUUUAUAUAAUUCGUCAUAAAAUAUUGUAGAGUAUGUAAGAUGCAUAGACUUAAUAGUUAUUAAUAAGUAUGUAAAGUAUUUAAAUACCUAAUUUAUUUAAAUAAAUAAAUAUAAAAAAAAUUAAAAAAAAAAAACAUCUUUGUUAAAUGGCAUUGUGAUUGUACCUUCAGAAUAUCACUUUUUUGAUAUGGAGGUAAAACUAUCCUGUAAACGCGGCAAAGAUUGCGUAUUGCAAUCGUUUCGACCGACCAGAUCUUGCUUUAAAGAUCUGAAGCGAUCAUUAUACAUAUUAUUGUCUAUUAAACUAGAUACACCAACGAUUUUUGUACAUACUAUUGUCAUUAUAUCAUUUUAAUACAUUUAAUACUUCAAACAGCUAUUAGCUGUGCUAGAUUUAAUAUUUAAUCGCUUGGCGGCUUUUGCAAUAUAUUAUGCAUAUAAAAUAGUAUCUCACAUAAAGCAGCUUAUUGCAUGAUAUUGCAAACCUAUCGUUAUAUUAUUCUCACUUUUAAUAAAUAAAUACGUAAAACAA